AUGGCCACACAGUCGUCCCCGAAGAAGGAGAUGGAGGCACUUAGAGACACUGUUGAGUCUCCAGGUGAAGAAGCUGCCACCGCUGCUGCUGCUGCUGCUGCUUCGGUUCCCACUGCCCGCGGUGACACCUCAGCGACGGGAAGCGCUCUCCAGAGCCUCGAAGGCGAAAUGGCAGCCGCCACCAGCGCCACUUCCGUGGCUGGUGAAGACAAGGGGACACCUUCUGAGCCUGAGCAUCAACAAUUCGACCCUGAGGGUAGGUGUGACUCAGACACUGAACCUGACUGUUCGGGGCCCAAGACGAGAAGCCAGAGAGAGGUAGGCCAAACCCUGAAUGGCGGGAAAGGCGGCGAUGGGCCCGCGGCCGAAAAGAAGAGCAGUAGAAAGAGGAAGCAGCCCAACCAAAACCGAAGUGCAGAAGGUACCGGUGGGCGCCAGCUUCCCGAAGCUCUAGCCUUGCCCGGGACCCGUCAGCCACCGUCUUCUCUGAGCUCUCAGCCUGGCAACAGCCACCAUUUUGAAUUUCCGGUGGGGAACCUACAGUCCCCAGGGCCUACCCUCAGGAGCGCCACCAGGCCAGGCCAGGUGUCUACUCCAGUCGCACAGGUCGUCAGUCAAGCCGUUCAGACUGUUUCCGAUCCUCGCAGCAACAGCAGUGCCCCUGAGUCCAGUCGGGACGGGACUGACCCCUCUGGCCAAGAACUCGGUCCGGUGGCCAUUGUGCAGGUGCCUGAUGAUGGCGGAGGAGUUGAUGUCAAACAGCCUGACCCUGGAGGCUCGCGAGUUCUUCGCUCCCGGGUCGUGACGUUUGGUCAUCCUAGCAGUGCCUCGGAGGCCAACCCCGAAGUUCACCCCGAAGCCCACAACACAGGCCGCAUUCUCCGCCCUCGGGCCACUCCGCGGGUUCCUGCCUUUCACACCAGUCCUGAUGCAGGAAGCAGCAGCCGGGCGACCCAGCGCAGAAGCCGAAGCCGAAGCCGAAGCCGCAUCUCACAGAGACCGGCCUCUGACCAGCGACAAGGCAGUAAGAUGAAGAUGAAGCUGGAGCUGGAAGUGGAGACGGAAAAGGAGCAGGAAUCGGAGCCAGAGCAAGAGCUGGAGCCUGAUCCUGCCCCUAGCAGCCGGCCACAAGCAAGCCUUUCCACCUCUAGUCCUGCAGGUCCAAGCAGAUCCUCGACAGCAGCCGCAAGCUCUCCUCCCAGGCGCCCAGUCCGUAUGCGGGCCUCUUCCCCUUCCCCUCCUGGUAGGCUCUAUCCUUUCUCUAUGUAUAAGGAAGCUGCCAGGUCUUCCUCCACCUCCUCCUCUUCCUCCACCUCCUCCUCCUCCAGCGACUUCGCUGAUAUUUCAAGUUGCCGUUCUUUCCCCAAUAAAUCAUCAGAACAGGGCUCUGUCUCUGGUCCUAGUCCUAACACCCUUUGGCGUGCCUUGAUACCUGACCUGGAUAACCUCGAUUCUUCCUCUUCCGAAGAGUUAGAGGAAGAAAUAAAGGAUGCCCCUCAAUCUCCUGCAGUGGAGGAUGGGUAG